GCCCAAUCGCUCUUAGUUCGUACCUAGAGCUGGCUAUUCGUCACCUACAGAGUGUGAUCUGCAUAAGACUCAGUGCGAUGCGGAAUCAUGGACAUGCAUCGCCAUUUACAACAAAUGUUUCUCUGCAUGGAUACCUGUCGUGACUAUGGCAGUCACUAGCAGACCCUGCUUCGCCAGACUGAUCUACCUACCCCAGGAAUCCCUAAUUUGCUCCAGAUGGGGAGAAAACUGGAGAUAAGUCCUGGACGUCACCACCGCAUGAAUAAGCAUCCCCACCGCGGUGGAUUUUUUGGCGAAAACGGCGGAUGCACAAUCGCAAACGAAGCCCAGUCCCCACCACCAUGUCGGAAGACGAUACUAACUCUGAACGCAGCCAGCUCCACACCAAAGAGGAGAAAGCAUUUGCGUCUUUCUUACCCUGAGGGUACCAGUCCACU